AUGCUGCUUCUAGGCGGCCUGACGCGUGCUGCUCCUCCGGCAGCUCCCAAAACUCUACGGGGGCCCCCAGGGGGCCCCCCGGGGGGCCCCCCAGGGGGCCCCCCAGACCUCUUUAUUCAGCCCCUCAAAACAACCACUUUUCACCUCAGGCUUACUCAACUCAAACUCACUGAUCCCCUGCGUCGCAGUGCACGAGGGGAACUAGCAGGGGGGCCCCCAAGGGGGCCCCCAAGGGGGCCCCCCGGGGGCCUCCCUUGGGGGCCUCCAAGGGGGCCCCCAAGGGCUGCAGCAUGUAAAGAGUUUGCCAUCUGGGGGCCCCACAUCUUCACCAUUUGGUCUCACCAGCAGCAAAGAGGGGCCCUGGCUUACCCGGGAGCUGUUGCGACAAUUUGGCAAGACGCAGCGAUUGCAGCAGCAGCAGCAGCAGCAGCACGCAGUCGCCAGGCGCAGCAGCAGCAGCAGCAGCAGCAGCAGCGGCAGCAUGGGGACGAAACAUCGCUGGUGGAGAAAAUCCCUCUUUCGUCCGCAGGCCCAGCAGCAGCAGCAGCAGCAAAGACUUUGUCUCACCCUCGAGCUUUGGCUGGCGUUUAUUGCUCGUCUUUUUACCUAGCGUUUCUUGCUGCUGCUCACGCGGCUUCUCCUGCAGCAGCAGCAGCAACAGACGCAGCAGCAACAGCAGCAGCAGACGCAGCAGCAAGGAACCGCGGCUCGCCAAGACCCCGAGGGGCCCUGCAGAAACGGCAGGCAGCAAUUGACAGACUGCUGCGGCUGGGGCCCAGGGGCCUUCCUGCUGUGGCUCGUGUUGCUGCUGCUGCUGCUCGCAUGCAGCAGCUGCUGCGGGCCCCCAAAGGGCCCCCCAGUGGGGCCCCACACAAGACGCUGUGGCAGCAGGAGCUUGCUGCUGUUCUUGCUUCUACUUCUGCUGCUGCUGCUGCUGUUGCUGACCGGGCGUUUUGGUGGGCCUUUUGCACCGCAGCCGCAACUGCUGCUGCAGCGUUUUCACCCCAAGAGGCCAGCAGCACAGCAGCAGCAGCAGCAGCAGCAGCAGCAGCGGGGGCCCCGGGAUGGAAGAGGCUCCAGGAGCCCCACCAGCGGAUGCUCUUGGGGCUACAGGAAAAUAUAAGACAGCAUGGCCAGAGUUAUGCUCUUCAUCAGCUGCUGUCAGCCCUGGAGGCGCUGCAGCGGCUGCAGCAGGUGCCUUCUGCUGCUCGGCCUGCUGCCACAGCAGCAAUAUCCGCAGCAGCAGCAGCAGCAUCUGCAGAAGCAGGGGCAUUCGCUGCUGCUUGUGUAGAGCUAGAGGUCAAAAGGAAAGCAGCAGCAGCAGCUGCUGCUGCUGCAGAUUUGCCACUGCUGCUGCUGCGAGUCGAGGAGGCUCUUCGGGCGAAGCUGACGCAGGCAGCUGAAGCAGCUCAGCAUGCUGCUGCUGGUGCUCCUGCUGCAGCAGCAGCUGCUGCUGCUGCUGUCGCGAAUGCAGGGCCAGCCACAAGACAAAAAGCAUCCACAGCAGCAGCACAGGCAGCAACAGCAGCAGAGGGGAAGAAGGCUGUGUUCUGCAGCUUUUUGCUGCGGGCGCUGCGUCUGUUUGCUGCUGCUGCCACUCCCUGUCCCGCUUUGCUUCAAUUCACAAGUUGCACACUGAUAUCCAAAUGCGCCUGGUUUUCUACUGGGCAGCUAGUGGAGCUGUCAGAGCUGCUGCUGGAGCUGCAGCCCGAAGGCCAGACGAACUUAGAGGCCCUGCAUGCUCUCAAUGCCCGUAAGUCAAUGCCUAGCAGCAGCAGCAGCAGCAGCAACAGCAGUAACAGCAGUAGCAGCAGCAGCAGGGUUUCUUUCGCAUCUUAG